AGCAUCAUGGGUCUAAUUUUAACCCGACCUAAAUUGGAACUGCAACCUUUUUAAUUUCCUUCACGGUCACCUAAUCAAGAAAGACAGAGAAGCAAAAUACCCGUAACCCAUCGCAGUUGAAGCCUCCUCGGAAUCUUGCUUAAAGUCUACGAAAGCUAUCCUUUAUAAGGAGAGGCAUUCUUUUGUGUGUAGGUGACUGGGAUUCGGUGUGUAUCUGUGUUUGAGGGGAUCGAAUCGUUGCUUUGAAUGGUGGACAGUACAUUGAUGCAGCUUCCUCGAUUGCUAGUGAUCAAGGGAUCGAGUCCUGCAGCCUGUUCCCUGCCUUUGAUCACAAUCGCUUCACGCAUGUGCCCUCUAACAACACAAACCUUGGCCUGCCGUGCCAGUGCUAAACGUUCUACUUGCAAACAAGGCUGGUACUACCGUUGCAUUGGACUCGAUCCUUAGACAUUUGCUCUGCCCUCUUCUGAUUUGAGCUUUUCAGCAAUUGAAGAAUUCCCAUGAAAGAGUCCUGGAUCUGAGCAUCAGCAGGAGCUGCGUCAUUGUCUAACUUUCUAGUGAGAUUUUCUGACCUUAAAAUGGCAAAGCAGGACAAUUCAAAGGUGAGCUCUUUGGUCUCUGCUCCAAUGGCGAUAAACCCUAACCCUAAACAGGGGAGCCCUCCAAAGAGGGAUGCCAAGAAUAAAACGGGAAACCCUAAAAGAUUUUCUGAGGUGAAAUCGUUUCCGAGCGUUGCACCUGGAACCCCAUCUGCAGACGCUGCUGCUCGUCAAUUCCCUAAGUCGCCGCUGGCUUCCAUGCAUAAGAAGAAUCAGGUAAAGGGCAAUGAGGUUAACCGUCUGCUGGUGACCAUAAAUGUAUUGGGCAGUGCCGGGGCCUUGAGAUUUUUGGUGAGGUGUGAUGAUCCAGUGCAGAAAGUAAUAGAAGCUGCCCUGAAAUCAUAUGCUCGCGAAGGCCGUUUGCCCGUUCUUGGAAACAACGCCAAGCAGUUCGAACUGUAUUGUGCUAACAGCGAUUAUGGUCAAGCUUUGGAUCCAUCCCAGAUAAUUGGAACUCUGGCAACAAGGAAUUUUCUGUUAUGUAAGAAAAAUGAAUCUAAACUUCAACAAGAAGAGAAGAAAGAUAAAGAUAGCAGCUCAUCUCCUACUCGUCAUCAUCAAAAGACUAAUUUGUGGAAGAAUUGUUUGAACACCAUGAGACUUAUAAUGUCUUCUUAAAUUAUUUGUAUUGGGAAGAUUUCAAUCGUGUUGGAAAACCAUGUUUUAUAUACGUUGCCAAUUUGUUAAGUGAUUGUAGCCUCUGCCUUAAUUCUCCUACCAAAGUAUCCAUACAAUACAUGUAUAUUUCCAUGUUGCCUAGUUAAAAGUGUUUGUGUGUUUGUAAUCUAUGUCUUUGUUCUUCUGGAAAGGUGUGAUGGAAACGUUGUAUCUGCAUAAUUGGGUGUAAAAUUUAUCUCUAAUUAUUUAUAUAAAUGAAGUUUUGAAAAUAUCAA